AUGGGUGCUACUGAGUCUGCAAAAACCUCAAACAAACACUCACCUACGUCUCUCUUGGACGUCAAGGCUGAGUAUUAUGAUGUGAGGGGUCUUAGACAUGAGUACGCAAAACCUAUGCUCCCGACUCCGGACCUCCACUCCGGAAUCCCGUUUGCGUCUCCGUCUCCGGAACCUCCGGUCUUAGCUCCGACCUCGGACUUUGACCCCACCUCCGCUUAUACCCAUUGUAUUGGUUAG